AUGGAUAUGGACAUGGACCUGGACCUCGGUCCUCUACCGGAGCCCGAGCUAAUUGACACUGAACAAACGCUUCAAGCAUCUACAGCCGUUCCAGUAGACGGAGCAAUCCUCGAUCCUCAAACAGCCGAGACACAAUCCGAGAAAGUACACAUACGCGGUGUUGACGAAUUGACGACAGAUAAUAUCAGAGAAUUUGCGAUAUCCAAUUUCCCUCACGAACAGCCCGCCCGCAUCGAAUGGAUCGAUGAUACUUCCGCAAACAUAGUCUACUCAGCCCCCGAGAUUGGUCUACAAGCUCUGGCUGCCAUGACGCAUGACGGCGAACUCGAAGGUGGUUCCUCCGGUGACACAGCUAUCUCCAACGGGCUAGGCGAUAUCCCCGCGCUCCGACUGCGGUCGGCGAAGGUACUGGCUUCACACCCCGACUCUGUCCUGCAGGUGCGCUCAGCGGUGAAGACGGAUAAGAAGAAGCCUCGCGCGCACGAGGCAAGCCGUUUCUACAUGAUGCAUCCAGAACACGACCCACGGGAGCGCUUACGGCGCGAAUUAGCGUCUGAUCGGCGGCGCAGCGUGGGAGACAGUGACGGAGACUAUCAGAGGAGGCGGUUUGAUGGGCGCGAACUGCGUCGCCGUCGAGAGCGGGAUAAUGAAGGCGGUAUCAGCGCGAGCAUGUAUGAUGAUAGCGGCGCCGGAAGCGCAGACCGUUCAGAUGGAGAUGGGGAUUGGGAUCGCGGAAGGCGGAGGAGGGGAAGCGAACGCCGUGACCGCGAUAUGGAAUUGUUUCCUGAUGAAGGCGCUAGGUCUGGGCGACUGCGCCAUCGCAGCGCGUCUCCUGGCCGCGACACGCUGAUGAUGGAAGGGGGCUAUAUCGAAGAGAGGCAAGAAUCACGACGCAGAUUCCGGGAGCGCAGCCCGCCACCACGCCGGCGCAAUGAAGGCCGGGAGCUCUUUGGUUCAUCUGAUGCCGAUGCGAACUCGCGCGAACUUUUCCCGAACAAAACUGCGAACACUUAUCUCAAGAAAGAACUCUUCCCAUCCAAGGUCAGCAACCAUCGCCGAUCGGACGCUAUCGACGUCGCAGAUGAGACGGCGGACCUCUUUGCCAGGCGUAUCUCAAUCCCACUGGUAGACGGCGCCCACGACACGAAUAACAAUGCUUCGAAACGUAAUCGCAACAUCGAACUUUUCCCGUCAGACAAAUCGGAGCGAGCGUCUGUACAUAUCCGCGGCGCAGCGGGUGGUGGCCAAGACCAGGGCUUCGCGAUUCGCGGCUCCGCAGAGAAUGGUAUGUCUAUCAAGGGGAGGGGUGGCGCAUCAGUUCGUGAACUGUUUCCGUCAAAGUACCACAAUAAUGCUGGCAAGGAGUUGUUCUCCGAUAAAAUAGAGGGCAGGGGAGGGCCCCGCCGGAAGGCGGAGGAUAUGUUCACAUAG